CGCGCAAACGUUUGGCAGCCAUAUUUUCUCUCGUGGCCUCGUUUUAAGUCGCGCGGUGGUGUAGCAGUGACAAUUUGGAAUGAAAUUAUUACGUCUAAAUCAAUUACCGCGUGUUAAUUAGUAGCGAGUGAGGGGUGCGAUCAUGGCCAAGGGUAGUAACAACGUAUCUGGAAGACGGUCACAUGGAGGAAAGCCCUACGAUCCAAACAACUCGUUCGUCAAGAAAGUUGCCACAAAGGUAACGGAUUUAAUACCUCAGCGAUCUUGGAUCAGUAAAUGGUUCAACAGUUCUGAAGAUAAUGGCGAAGUGUUAAAUAAUUCAGUAAACACCGAAUGCGAAGAAUCUACAGAGGAAGUACAACAAGCACCACCUGCAAAACGUCCACGUAUACGUAUGGAUGUAAUUCAUCCUCCUGGAACAUUUAAUAUUCAAUUGAGAAACAAAUCUUCUCUUAAUAAAGUCGAUGAAUCCAAGGAUUUUCCCAAUCACGACGAAACAAAUGAGGAUUUCCUCGAACCAUUGGCAGCUGGACCGAGUGGUUUACGACGCUUGGUAUCAUCAACGCCAGCUGUUCAAAAUGACGUUAGAAAUACAGUAGCGCAAAGAUCGAAUUUAAAUUCAUUGAAUCCAACUCAGGACAAUGGAGUUAUUAACGAAGCGGACGAUAAUUCCGAAUCAAGUGAAAGUACCAGCGGGUGUAGUUCUCUAAUUCCACAAAAUAAUAGGCAAGAGGCUCCUUCAAAUACGAGCUUUGCUGCCUCAUUCACCAACAAGAAGAGGUUUAUGGACGAUAAUAAAAUGAAUUACACGAAUCAUUUGCAGUCGCCUAGAUCACUUUUCUUAGACACAAGCAAUCGUGACUCGCUCAGCAGUCGCAGACCUAGUUUUAAUUCAUCAAUUAUGAGCAACAAUCUUGAUCGUUCAUCAUCUCUCGCGUCUCCCUUUUAUUCGGGAAAUGUCACUUUUGGCGGGGCAAAUGCUGCUGGUCUUUACAAACGUACUCGAAGUCUUUUUAAUUCCAAUAAUGAGUACAAGCUUAAAGUUCCCCGAAGAACAAACGUCCAGGUGAAACCUUUCAAUAAUGGAAAUAUCGAUUCUUCUGGAAUGAGUCAAACUGCAAAGAGAAUAUUAGACGCUCUUGAACAUUUUUCAUCGCCAGUUUUGGAUGCGAAGAAAAUUCCAAUUAAAAAUACGACAAAUUUGACAAAUUCAGGAGGUACGAAAAGACCAAGGGAAGAGGUGGUCACAUCGCCACGGGUCGGUCUUCGUCAUAGAACUCAACAACUCAUGGUUCCGACGGUGCCGGAUUUAUUGAAAAUUAGAAGACGACAGAGAUUACAAGACACGACGCUCGCUGCCAGAAAUAUCGUUUCUGCUCACAGCGCACCUCCAAUCACCACACCUUCUGAAUAUCGUAUUCGAACGGACGCUGAUGAUGAUCUAAAGUUCCGAGGAAAGCUUCGAGUAAAAUCAAAGACAAAUCCAAUGGAUGAAGAGAUUGUGGAACCUGUUAAUCUUCCAACAAUUGCAUUACCAAUUUCAACUCUUCCACGAUUCGACAUUGCCCUACCUCAAUAUACAAAACCAGCCGACAGAAAUACUGAUAAAGAUGAUUCGUUUAAAUUUGCCAGUCCUAUUAAAGUGACAAGUACCACGAAAUCUUUAUCAUCCAUCACUGAUUUCACCUUCAGUAAUCCAAUAAAUCCCAACGCAAAACAAAUUGUCGCCAGUGAAUUGAACAGCUCCUCGAGAACAUUAAGCAUUGAAUCGAACGAUUCAUUUUUGGGUUCAGGUUCAGCGACGAAUUUCAUGUGGUCCGGUUCGACAGCGCCAAGACCAAAGGAGAAGGCAUCAUUUAAAGAAUCAAUUCCCACCGCAACCGUUGAAUUAAAGUCGGGAAGUGUCGUUGAUUUCCUGAAGGAACUUAACAAUAAAAAAGAGGAGACAAAAAAACCAUCAAAUACAGAAAUGGAAAUUGAAAAUGAUGUCGAAAUUAUAAAUGCAGAGAAGACGGAAAGUUGGGAAUGUUCCGAAUGUUUAAUCAGAAACGACAGUACAACACAUUGCACUGCUUGUAAAUCAUCCAAACCGGGCAUUAAGGUUAAGGAACCACCGCGUGUUUCGACAACCAACGCCUCACAACUCAAACCAAUUGAGAACGAUUGUUUCGGUUCGCAAUUCAAAUUAUCAUCCGAUCAAUGGGAAUGCAGUAGUUGUUUAGUGAGAAAUAAACAGUCGGCGGAGAAAUGUGUCUCUUGCAUGAGUGCAAAACCAGGAGCAAAAAUUACCAAAACCGGAGUUGAAUCAGAUCUUCUGAAGAAAUUCAAACCCGCCAGUGAUUCUUGGGAAUGUUCCGGUUGUAUGGUACGAAACAAUGGAAAUGUGACCACUUGUCCAUGUUGCUCGACCGCAAAACCAGGACAAAAAGAGAAACAAGAAACUUUAAAAUCUUUUGAUGCUUUCAAACAAUCGAGCAGUACGUGGGAAUGUCCCUGUUGUAUGGUACGAAAUGCAGACAACGUAACCACAUGUCCUUGUUGUAAGGCCGUGAAACCCGGCAGUGCAAAGAAACCCGAGGAAACCACCAAGGCACCAGUUCUCGGAUUUGGUGACAAAUUCAAAACACCCACUGGCUCAUGGAGUUGUGACGCAUGUUUAGUCUCAAACAAAGCCGACGCAACCGAGUGUAUAGCUUGUACGAGUGCAAAACCAGGAACGGAAAAAAUAACCACAAGCUCAAGUGGUUCAACACUUCAGUUUAGUUUCGGCGCACCGGCGAAGGAAUCUUCUUUUAAGUUUGGCCUCGAUAAAACAGAUGUUAAAACAGAUGUUAAAACCACAGAAUCAUCGAAUUCUACCGGUUUCACUUUUGGAAUGAAACCAGCAACCACAAGUACAGAGAAAUUUACAUUUGGCAUUCCGAGUAAUGAUAAGAGUACAACUGAAACGACAGGUUUCACUUUCGGUAAUAAUAAUAAAAAAACUACCGAUGAUUCGGUAGCGAUCACAAAAGAUGAUAAACCAACGUUUACGUUCGGUAUUCAAAAAACAGAGGAGAAGAAAAAAGAGCAAAAAGUGGAACAAACCAUUGAGAGUACGGAGAAAAAAGUUGAGAAUACUUUCAGUUUCGGAGGUUCUACCAAGGAGACAACAACUGUUAUCAGUGGGUUUAAAUUCGGUUCACCGAGUGCAAAACGACCGGCCGACAAUGAUGAUGAUACUAAAGUGAAAAAGACCGUUUUUGGAGAAACAAAUUCUCCAUUCACAGCGGUAACGAGUACAAGUAGUCAACCAGUUAGUUCAACUCCUAGUUUUUCGUUCACAUCGACUAGUUCACCGGCAAUUUCGACACCUUCAGUGACUGCAACAACAACAGCAGCAGCGACGACGACGACGACGAGUCUUCCACAAUUUGGUAACGCGACAUUGACCUUCGCCGAUCAGAGUAAAUCAACAAACUUUGGAAUUCAACCAUCGACGACACUCAAUACUUUCUCCUUCGGUGGUAGCAAGACAGAGCCAACAGCCCCUGCGGAAAAGAAACCCCUACUUUCCUUCCCCAGCAACACUGGCUUUGGAUCACCAUUUCCGCCUCCUUUAGCAAAAACCGAACAACAACUCCCGGUAUUUGGAAAUAUAGAAAAGAAACCACUUUUCACAGCUCCGGAGAAGGUUCUCGCUUUUGGUGACAAAGAAACAUUUGGAACUCCAGAUAAGACGAUUUCUUCCGGUUUUGGUGGAAGUAGUGCGGUGGCUCCACUCUUUCCAUCGACGGCACCACCUUCCUUUGGCGCAUCAACAACGCCAUCGCCUUUUGGAUCAUCGGCGGCAAUAUUUGCGAAUACAACAACAAACAAUUCGUUUAGUUCGCCAUCAACAACGAGUGUAUUUUCAUCAACAAAACCAAAUGAAAGUGAAAAUUCAGCAGCAACGGCGGCUACUGUUCCACCACCGGCUUCGAAUCUCUUCACUUUUGGCUCUUCGACACCAGCGAGUGGAUUUAAUUUCUGCGCAGGAGGGAAUUCCACGACACCGGCAGCGGCCCCAAAACCACAACCUCUCUUUGGCUUUGGAACUGCGGCAAAUACAACACAGGCUGGCAAUAGUUUCGGUGGAAGUACAUUUAGUACGUCGUCAACUGCUCCAGCGCAAGCCGGUGGUUUCUCGUUCAAUGCACCAAAACCCGAAGCACCACCUGCAUUUGGACAAACAGUACCGCCGCCAGCUUUUGGCGCAACGCAACAGCAACAACAACAACAACCACCACAGACUUCUUUCUCCGGAGCGGGAACGUCAAACGCUGGAUUCAAUUUUGGAAGCGCUGCACCGCCCUCCGCAUCUACUGGGGGCUUUAAUUUCGGUGGAAUGAAUCAAACGUCAAGUCCAGCACCGCCAAGUGGUGGAUUCAAUUUUAAUGCUCCAAAUUCAGUGUCAUUUAAUUUCACUGGAGGAAAUCAACCAACAACAUUCAACGCUACACCAAAAUUACCAAUACCACAAAAUCAACGAAAAAUCAAAACAGCGAGAAGAAGAAUGACACCACGGUAGACAAGAAAGUUCAUUGGUUGAGGUGUGAACAAAAAAGACAGGUGCGUGUAUUGUGUCCGCAUUUAAAUACAAAGCAAAACAAACAAACAAAAAACAGUAGACUAUCUUUGGCGGAUCAACUUUUCUUGCGAUAGAAUUAAAAAAAAUUCAUAACUUUUAAAAAAUCAAUCGCUUCGAGUUGGUGGUACUUCAAGCAGCUUUUGUAUUAUAUUUGUGUUGAUGACUCGUGCUUCAGUACAACCGCUUGUGUGUUCCCAAAAAAAGAGAAAGAAAAGACGACAGCGAAAGCUAGAUCUAGCGAUUUAAAGAAAGCAAAUGAAAAAAAAAAGAAAAAAAAAUGAAAGGAAACGAAAAAGAAUACGAACGAAAGUGCGAUAAAAGAACGAGCAAGAGAGAAUUUUGUAAAUUAUAAAUUAUUUAAUUAUAUUCUAGUAACAAGACGAUGUUUUUGAGAUUGAACAUUCGUAGUCAGUUUUUAGCCAGGAAAAAAAAUUACACCGGAAAGAAAAAGAGACUUUGCGAUAGAAACAAAAAGAGGAUGUUAAUUUUGCUUUUCAAUGAAGGAGGACCGCUUCGAGAUUCGUGUGCAAUCAAUGUUAGCGGGGGAUAAAAAAAAUAAAUCUCAACCUGCUCAGGUAAGUAUAAGUCCUUCAUACUGCUCGCAAAACGUGAGUUUCCACUUUUCGGGGAAAAAUGCUUU